GCAGUGUGGCGCCCUCUGGCGGUGAGUGGCUGCGAUGCACACAGGGGGCUCCGGGCUGAUCGCGUUGUCCUUCCCAUAGCCCGAGCUCUCUCCGCAGCAGAAGAUGGCGGACCCUUCGCCGGUGCUGCCGCCGCACAGGGAGGGGGGCGGUCGGUGCGGUUACAGCAUGUUCCCGGAGUGCGAGUCUGAGGCCGAGCUGUCGCAGAGCCUGGCCCGGACCAAGACCCGCUCGUACGGCAGCACGGCCACGGUGAGCGCUCCCUGGGCGGAGAGACACAUCGAGCACCGGCUGAGCCCCACCGAUACCCUGCAGGGCAUCGCUCUCAAAUACGGCGUGACGAUGGAACAAAUUAAAAGGGCCAACAAAUUAUUUUCUACUGAUUGUAUCUUCCUGCGGAAGUCCCUGAGUAUUCCAGUUAUACCGGAGAAGUCAAGCUUGUUUAAUGGACUUGAACUGUUGGACUCUCCAGAAAAUGAAUCCAUUGAUAGUUGCACUUCUCAGACUCAAGAAGCUUUGGUUGCACAGGCAGACAGUGGUUUAUCACCCAGCUCUCCUGAAACAAAGCGGCCUGUGGUAAGACUUGAUGAAGAGCUAUCUGCUAAAGAUUUCCUACAUAGACUGGAUUUGCAGAUCAAGAUGUCUACUCAGGCUGCUAAGAAACUAAAAGAAGAAGAUGAUCACAGACACGAUGAGGACUCCUAUGCAACUUCCUCCUAUCAACAUUGAAUAAUAAUUGUUAUUCCUAUGUGAAAGUCAAUGACUGGGGAUGGAAUAUACAAUUGAAAAGGCUUCCUAUUCGAUAAAUUAAUCUGUAGUCGACAUUUUGACUCUAAUUGCACUGAAAUUGAUUUUUUUUUUCCCUUCAUGUUUUUUGCAAUCAUUCAGUGUCCUUAUAAUGUUGCCUUGAAAAACCAAGUGGCAGCCUUCACGUUAUCUGUAUAAACUGCAGUUUUUGUGCAGACAUUUAUGGAGUCCUCUUGUUUGCAAUAUUCUUUUUGAUUUGUUUGUGUUUUUAAUUAGCAGAAUUCAUGGCAUAGCUCUGCCCUUAUGACUGUUUCAGUGACCUGACUGCAGAGCGAGCAGUAUUUACUUUGCAAUACAGUGUGUCUCCAUUCUAUUAUUUCUUUUAUCUUUCUUUGUACUUAAUGAUCUGCUUUUUUAAUUAUGAUGUUGAUAAGGAUUUCGUAAGGGUGGUUUUUUUUUGGUUUUUUUGUGUUAUGUGUGUGUGUAUGAUGCAGUUGAUUAAAAUAUAAAACUUUUUAAAUUUUCAAGUGUUUUUUUUAUUUACAUUUCUUUUUAUUGUGAGUUUCUAAAACUUGUUGAAUAUUGUCGGAAUCCAAUGAAAUACUGUUAGAAAUAGGAGGGAGAGAAGGGAGAGAGUCAGGAUUCCAUACAUCUCUCUCCCCUCUGUUCUACUUUCUUUAUGCCACCCAUGUAUAUUACAUCCAGCACAACUUACUUUUUCCUCUGAUAUGCCUUUUUUGCUGGAUGAAGCCAAUAUCAGAAGAGAAAACCUGUCUCGUGUGCACAUAUUGGGAGCAUACUUUACAUGUCAUGCUAUUUGAGUGCUGCCUCAAAAAAGAUAGAAAAUGGAGCGUGGCCUACAUGAUAUUCUUUUCACUCCACCUAUGGCAGUGAAGUAAAGAGC